AUGCCAUCGUUGAUCUUCGUUGGAAACGGAAAGGAAACAUACUGGCUAUUGUUUGGAAACCAUUAUUUCAACAUCCUCAUUUCAGCUGUCGAUGUAGCCAAGCAGCUCCUCCCAGUCCCUCCAGACGGUGGCUAUGGUUGGGUGAUCGUGUUAGCGGCUUUUUGCUCGAAUCUCAUCAUUGACGGCAUUUGUACUUGCUUCACCGAGUUCAAGCCGAGUUAUCAAGCGGAAUUUAAAGGAUCCAAUGCUCUGACAGCUCUGAUCGGCUCACUUCUUAUCGGUGUCUACUUGCUCGUUGGACCAUUCGUUGGAGCAAUGUGCAAUAAGCUGGGCGCUCGAAAAACGGUGAUCAUUGGAUCAAUCAUCGCUGGAUGUGCCUUCAUUUUGGCCACAUUUUCGCCAAAUCUGAUCGUUUUUGUCUCAAUUUAUGGAGUCUUGGGAGGAAUCGGCUUUGGAAUGAUCUAUCUACCAGCCAUUGUUUCUGUUGGACAAUAUUUCGAAAGUAAAAGAGCCAUAGCCACAGGAAUCGCCGUAGCUGGGUCCGGGGUUGGGACAAUGUUGAUGCCCUUUGUUGCUCGAUUCGCUAUACAGAACCUAGCCUGGAAAGGAGCUGACUUUGUGCUGGCUGGCUUGAUCUCUUUGUGCAUUAUCUCUGGACUGUUGUACAGAAAAUUGACUCCACCUGCGUUGAGCAAAAAAGACUCAGUGAAAGUCAAAGAGGAGCCUGAGAAAGAGCACGAAGCUAAAGCGAUUGAAAAGAUGAAAGACGCAUUGUCACACUGUGAAGAUGAUGAGAGUGUUUUCGCUGAAUCAUGGGCUAAAUCGAGUAACGACAUGCCGAUGGGAAGGAUAAGAAAUGAGUUAUCACAAUGCGAUGAAGAUGAUGAGAUGUCGUUUGCUAAAUCAUGGGCAAAUCGCCAAAAGAUGCCCAGCGAUGCUGGACGACGGUCGAGCGCCGGUGCUCUGUCUCAAUGUGAUGAGAAUGAGGAGAUGUCAUUUGCACAAUCAUGGGCCAAAGCGAUCGCUGAUCGAAAACAAAAAACAAACAAUCCAUUGUCUCGUGUGAGAAACGAGUUGUCUCAUUGUGAAGAUGGAGGAGAUAAGGGAUUCGCGAAAUCUUGGGCCGGUCAAAAAGCACGCCGAACCACGGUGAGACAACGCAAACUGACGCUCACUGGGGUCAAUGAAGAGCUCACUCAACCAAAAGGUGAUUUGGCGAAGAGUAUUCGGGAGUUGAGAAUCAAUUUGACUCCCCAUGAAGCCGAGGAAAUCGCAAAGCCAUUGAAUCGACAGGACAUCAUGUACUCGGGAUCGAUCAAAAGGCUCAAUCGAUACAGGAAAGAGGGUGGUGGCCUCUCCUAUCGAGCCUCGAUCACCACGAUCCCAAAAACGAUCAUUGAAGAAACUCCUUUGGUUGAUGAAGAAGAAAAACGCAAAUGCAAGUUGUGCCCAUCUUUUCUCGGAGACAUCAUCGAUUUCGAGCUGUUAAAGAACCCGAUCAUGCUUCUCUUGUGCCUUUCGAAUCUCCUUGCCAGUCUCGCUUAUUUCACUCCUUUUGUUUUCCUUAAAGAUUUGGCGAUCUCAAAAGGAAUCCCUGAAAAGGAUACCAUCUAUUUUGUGCCAUUGAUUGGAGUGACGAACACUGUUGGUCGAAUCCUCUCCGGAUGGCUGGCCGAUCGUCAGUUCGUUUCCUCUCUGACCAUCGUCACCUUUUCUCAGUUCAUUUGCGGUCUCCUCUGCCUGGCCGCUCCAUUCUGUCACACCUAUUCAAUGCUAUUAGUUUACGGUGCCCUGUUUGGAUUCAUCAUUUCUGCUUACAUCUGUUUAUCGUCAAUCGUGUUGGCUGAUCUGUUAGGCAUCGAGCGAUUGACAAGCUCCUUUGGUCUUCUAGCUGUCUCGAGAGGAGUGGCAUGUCUUUUGGGGACACCGUUUGCAGGACUAGCUUUUGAUGUGACUCGAUCUUAUGACGUGUGUUUCUAUGUGGGUGGAGCGGUGCUUGUAGCAGCUUCCAGCGUUUCGACAAUCAUUCGAAUCGUUCGCCGAUAUCACUCACGGAGAGUUCACAGUGAAGGAGAGAAUGUCGAAGAAUCGACAGAA